AAAAUAGGGGACUUGGUCUUCUUCCCUAUCCUUUUACCUCAUCAAAAUGGGAUAGCCGUGGAUGAAUUACUGCUCAUUAGUCAUUAGCCUCUCUUCUCUCCUCCUCUCGAAAAAUAAAAUAAUAUAAUAUAAUAUAAAAAGAAAAACCAUUUUCAUUUUUUAGAAAACUUUUUAACACAGAAUGGUUGUUAGAAACAUAACUUUGAACUAUCUCGAGCUUGGCCUACAUUUUCGCGUGUGAUCAUUUAUACAUAGAUAUAUAUUAUUCUCGGAAUAAUAUAUUUUGUUUCCUUUUUUUCUUGAAUCACAGGCGAAAAUUACGACGCCAACCCAGAAAGAAAGAAGAUCGGAGCUUACCAUUUUUACACGAGGGAAAAAUCUCUUCGAUUUUUACUGCUCUGUAAAUUCUGCCGAUGAUUUUUUAUUUUUUAUUUUUUUAUUUCUAGGGUUAUCGGUUAUGGCUGAUGUUGUCGUGGUGUGUUGUUGUUGAAUUUAUUAAAAUUUAAAAGCAGUUGUUGUAAAAAAGAUAGAGAGAAAUUGAAAAGAAAAACUGUCAUUGUCGGAACUCCACAAAUGUCUUUGUUUUUAAAAAUCCUCUUUGUAAUUAUGAACAUAAUCUUGUAUUAAUUCAAUUCCUUAAUUGCCGUCUUUCUUUUUUGUUGUAAUAAAAUCUUCUUAGGGGUUAAGAUUUGGGUUGUGGUAAAUACAAACAAAGGUUAUCAAGAUAAUUUUUUUUUUUUUGAAUCUUUGAAAUUGACUGACAACGUGCUGUCGUGUUUUGUGACUUGAGAAAAUAAUGUACUGUGUAUGAAUUCCCAAUUUUUUUUAAAGAAAAUAAAAUCAAAGACGUGCUGAGCUGUUACCAUCUUUUUCCCAUUUCUGUCUUCUUUCAAUUUUUGUUUUUGGUUUUUUAAAGCCACCUCCUUUUGCAAGUUGUGUAAUUGAAUGAGAAGAGCCUUUUUUGGAACUUAAUCUUUCCCCUUAAACAGGUCAGAACUGAGAAAGCUUCUCUCUCUUCUUCUCAGCUCCCCUUCAAAACCCAAAGUUUCUCUUUUUUUUUUUUUUGUAAGUUUGGUUCGCCAUAAUUUAGAGGAAGACGCCUUCGCUUCUUUGCUUUUAACAAAAACCACGCGUCUGCAUGUCCCCUUUUGUUUGCUUUUCUUCUCCUCCUUUAUUCAUCUGAUAAUGGCAAUGUUGUUAAAAUUUUAGCCUUUUUUUCUCCUACAUUUUCAAUUUUUGACCCCUCAUCAAGAUCGAAACCAACAGCCAAGUUUCAAGGAUAAGAAAAACCCAACAAUGGCACCGCCCUUUGAUUGGUGGGCGAAAGGCAGCCAUAAAGGAACCCCGGUGGUUGUUAAAAUGGAAAACCCAAACUGGUCAAUGGUCGAGCUCGAAGGUCCAUCCGAAGACGAUUUCCUCAUCGGCAACACCCCCACCGGUACUCGAGAAAAAGCACGUGGCAAAAACGCGAAGCAACUCACUUGGGUCCUCCUGCUAAAAGCCCACCGUGCUGCCGGUUGCUUAACCUCCAUUGCUUCCACAUUGGUCAGUCUUGGUUCAGCCAUCCGUCGCCGAGUCGCCUCUGGUCGAACCGACACCGAGACCGACAACGACAAUGAAACCGACAACAGUUCCUCCAAUGAAAACAAAACCGUUAAAACCAGGUUCUACAACUGCAUCAAAGUGUUCCUUUGGUUAUCUUUAUUGUUACUUGGUUUCGAGAUUGCCGCGUAUUUUAAAGGCUGGCAUUUUGGUGCUCCAAAGCUUCAACUACAGUACAUUUUUACGGUGCCGUUUGGUGUUAGAGAUUUGUUCGAUUGGAUGUACUCUCGUUGGGUUUUGAUUCGGGUGGAGUAUCUUGCUCCUCCUCUUCAGUUUCUUGCAAAUGUCUGCAUUAUUCUUUUCCUUAUCCAAAGCAUGGAUCGGUUAGUCCUCUGUUUGGGUUGUUUUUGGAUCCGUUUGAAAAAAAUCAAGCCAAUUCCCAAACAAGACGCUGUUGCUGAUCUUGAAUCUGGAGAAAAAGGUUUGUUCCCAAUGGUCCUCGUUCAGAUCCCUAUGUGCAAUGAAAGAGAGGUUUACCAACAAUCAAUUGCUGCAGUAUGUAAUUUGGACUGGCCAAAGUCGAAAAUAUUAAUUCAGGUUUUGGAUGAUUCUGAUGAUCCAACGACUCAGCUGCUUAUUAAAGAGGAGGUGCAUAAAUGGCAACAAGAAGGUGCUCACAUUGUGUAUCGGCACCGUGUAAUUAGAGAUGGUUACAAAGCUGGUAAUCUUAAGUCUGCCAUGAGUUGUAGUUAUGUUAAAGACUAUGAAUUUGUUGCCAUUUUCGAUGCUGAUUUCCAGCCCAACCCUGAUUUUCUUAAACGAACCGUACCCCAUUUUAAGGAUAAUGAGGAUGUAGGAUUGGUUCAGGCAAGGUGGUCAUUUGUGAAUAAGGAUGAGAAUUUGCUGACAAGAUUGCAAAACAUAAAUUUGGCAUUUCACUUUGAGGUAGAGCAACAAGUGAAUGGUGUUUUUAUUAAUUUCUUUGGGUUUAAUGGGACUGCUGGGGUUUGGAGGAUUAAGGCUUUGGAGGAUUCUGGUGGGUGGUUGGAGAGAACCACAGUUGAGGACAUGGAUAUAGCUGUCCGUGCUCAUCUUCAAGGAUGGAAGUUCGUUUUCCUCAAUGACGUUGAGUGUCAGUGUGAACUUCCUGAGUCCUAUGAAGCUUAUAGAAAACAACAGCACAGAUGGCAUUCUGGACCCAUGCAGUUGUUCCGCCUCUGUCUGCCAGAUAUUAUCCGUGCUAAGAUUAGUGUGUGGAAGAAAUUCAAUAUGAUCUUUCUGUUCUUUUUGCUUAGAAAACUGAUCCUACCAUUUUAUUCUUUCACUCUUUUCUGCAUAAUUCUCCCCAUGACAAUGUUCGUUCCUGAGGCUGAGCUUCCAGCAUGGGUUGUCUGUUACAUCCCUGCUACAAUGUCAUUCCUCAACAUACUUCCAGCCCCAAAAUCAUUCCCAUUCAUUGUUCCUUACCUUCUUUUUGAGAACACCAUGUCAGUGACCAAGUUCAAUGCCAUGAUCUCUGGUCUUUUCCAACUUGGUAGUGCAUAUGAGUGGGUUGUUACAAAGAAAUCGGGUCGAUCAUCUGAGGGUGAUCUUGUCUCCUUGGUUGAGAAAGAGCCAAAACAUCAGCGUGGGGGAUCAGAACCCAAUCUUGAUGAAAUUAAAAUAGAUCUCCAGCAAGAACAAAAGGCUAGGAAAAAGAAGCAUAAUAGGAUAUAUACGAAGGAGCUAGCUCUGGCAUUCCUUCUUCUAACAGCUUCAGCGAGGAGCCUCCUGUCUGCACAGGGUAUCCAUUUCUACUUCUUACUAUUUCAAGGGAUAUCCUUCCUUCUGGUUGGUCUAGACUUGAUUGGUGAGCAGGUUCUGUAAAGGACAGAUUAGGAGCUUUGUCGGAAAAUGUGGAUGAUGUCAAUACAGCUGACUUGGAUGAUAUCAAAUCCGAGUAUCACCGCAAAUGAACUUUUAUGGGAGAUUUGAAGAGGGCUGAGAAGUGCUUUUCAUCGUCUUCUACCCUCUAGACUCUGCUUCCAAGUCCACCCAAUACAAGAACUUGCGUUGCAUGGACAGAAGAAUGGCUUCGAUUUGGAUAUAGGCGCGCUUGAAAAUUGUGACACUCUUCAGUAUAUGUAAGCUCCCCCCCCCCCCCCAACUUUUUUUUUUAUUCUUUUGUUUCUGUCAAUUCUUUUGUAAGAAAAAAUUGUUGUUCAAACAUCAAACAGGAAUUUAGUUGCAGUUUCAAGGCAGGCUAGAACAUUGAUCCCUUGUUUUUUUUUUUUCACUUAUUUUACUCGGAUGGUAAUUGAGCCAAUUUCCAUUGAA